AUGGUAAGGGAGAAGAGUGGCGGUAGAUCCAGUGGAGUCCCGAUGGAACAUAUAUACAUAUAUAUACGUCUUAUCGCAUCCAUGUUCGCGAAAGAUGGCGAAAGAUGUUGCUUUGGAUGUUUUGUUCGCUUCGACUGUAAACGGCUAUCCAGGGCGGCAAUAAAGUACGCUCAACCUUCAUGCCUAACUCGCUGCCUCAGGUUUACCCCCCUUGAGGAAAACAAUUGCCUUGGUGGAUUGCCAGCGUUCUCCUUGCGCAGGAUGAAGCUUAGGAGUAUUCAACUGAAGGACAGUAGACUGUGA